AUGAUAAAACAGAAGUUUAAAAAGACCACUUUGCAAUUACAUGAAACUUAUAUUGAAAACUAUAUUACGGUUAUGAAAACGUUUAUGUCUGAAUUUUCAAACGAAAAUGCAGAGGAGAAAAAUAAAUUUAUGAUGUAUACUAAAUACCAAAAAGGAGAUGUUGUUCCAGAAAUAUUCCUAUAUCUUCCACCUCCAGGAAGCAUUCGAUUGACGAAAAGCGAUCCCCGGAAAAACAAUAUUUUGAAAGACACAAUGGGAAGUAUUGUUUCUUCAACAGACCACCUCAGUUUCCUAGAUUCUAGUGAAGUUGAACUAAUUAGAAUAAUAUCAAUAGAUGAUAGAGCUAUAUCAUCACUAUGCUAUCAACAAUGCAAUGUGGAUACAGAAAACAAACAUGACAAAAGAGGUGGUAUUUUUCGAUACAACAUGGACAGACAUCGAUUACAAGAAAUAGCAUAUAAAGAAACGUGGGAACCCUUUUUUAACAAAAAACAUAUAAAAGCAUACAUGUCUGAAAACAUUAAUGGUGACAUUUGCAUUUCAACCGAUUCAGUAGAAGUCUUCACAGCUGGCGGCCAGAAACGAUUUUCCUACAGAGGAGUAUCAGGAUUAACGUUCAGAUCCUUUUCACCUUCAGGAAUUUGUACUGAUGUACUCGGAAAUAUUUUGAUUGCAGAUGAAAACAAUAAUGUUAUACACAUUCUUGAUCAAAAUGGGGAAUUUUUAGCGUUAAUGCCUAUACACAAAUGAAGAGCGGUGUACCAAUAUCACUGGCAAA